AUGCACCCCGCGGUGGGACGAGAGCGUGCUGAACAGCUGGCAAUGGAGGUCAACUCGCAGUACAUCGAGCAGGGACAGGUAGUACGCCGCCCGGCCUAUGAAGCGGCGCAACAGCUCUUCUGGGAGAACAGGUGGAAUCACCAACCGGCAGCAGCGGCAUCCUCGACUACCACGCCUCCCACCACGGAGCUUUUCCAGCCAGUGGUACUAUCGCCGGACAAUGCCAUCAUGGCCACCGCCAGCGUCAUGGGAGUCAACGUCAACGACCAAGCGGAUAUGCAGCAGUGGCUGAACUCACAGAUCACCACGCGCCAGCAAGUGCUCCAUACGAUCCAAAGCUACCACCACGCGGUGAUCAGACCAGAGCUCUACAACAUGAUCAACCAGGUUGAGAUGACGCUCCUGCACUUCGACGACAGAUUACUCCGCCAGCACAAGGAGAUCAGCUGGCUAGCCUCCGACAAUAGGCUGGAGCAAAAACGCCAGUCCGGGCUUACCGUUUUGCUCACGGGCUUCCCGCAAACGGCUACCCCGCAAGACCGCAACUACAUGGUCAACUGGAUGCUGCAUGAAGUGGAAGCCCUUCGACACUUCCUUCGCCAGAGAGGUCACGACCCGGAAGACGCUGGCGCAACGUACCCCAUGUUCCACAUCCUUUCCACAGACCCGGCUACUCCUCCGGCUGGCAAGGACAAGUGGAGCACACUCACCCUGAUCCACUUUCGAGCGUGGGAAGCCCGCAAGAACUUCAUGGACCACUAUGGCGGCUCAGCAGGUGUCCCCUUCUACUCCGAUGGUUGGACUGCGGUUCGAGGAUCACACAUCCGGGCUACUCCUGCCAGCCCUCAGUUUCAGCGGAAGCUGGAAAUUCCGCUGAGGGUCAUCUUGCGCGCCCUCAACCUGGCCGAGCCCACCAAGAACCAGGUUGUCAUCCUGUGGAAAACGUUGACGAUCAUGGAGCCGCAAGAGCAGAGAGCUUUCGACGACCAAGCGCAGGCCAUCGCCAGAGUCCACUACGCAACGGAGGGCGGAUACCUACGUGGUACGCUGGAGGUCAACCCAUAUCUUUGGGACCUCCUCCAGACUACCCCGCCAGACCACCUGAUGGCGGAUGAGAGUUCCAUCUGGGACCACGCCUGGAACGCGGUCGUCUUUGGAGUGCAGCAUGAGAUGGACGUCGCUGAGCGAGACCUGUACAGACAAGCCGCCCAAGCUGCCAAAGGCACUGGGAAAGGCAUGAAGGUGGAAGCCGUUGCCUAUGUAUGGGACGAGUAUUGCGACAAGUUUUCCAUGGCGGACCGCAAAUGCGGUGACUACAAGGCCGCCACGUACCAAGGUGCCCCGGCGCUCCCCACGCCCACGGCUACCACGCCCGCUGCGGCGCUGGAGCGACAGGGGCCUUGGGUGGAGCAAUGCACGUUUGGAAAGGAACUCGUUGAGCCGACCUUUUUCGAGCUGCCAGUCCCAGAGCAGUUGGCCCAAGGCUACUACUCAGUUGCCCAGGGUAUCGCCUUUCUGCAUGGCUACUGCUAA